UUUCGAAGUCAACAAUGCUGUGAAGAAGCACAUUUUAGUUUUUCUUCCGUUUUCGUUUCUCGUUUCAAUUUCAGUGUUUUUAUUCGGUUAUUCAUUGAGGACUAGUUCAUAGAUAAUCAUGUUCCUCAUUGAGAAGCAGUUCCUCGAAUGUUUGUGUAUUAAAAAUUAGAUUUAUUUCUCUCUUCCGAAACGUCUGAGUUCUUAUCUACAAGGCUGAAGGUCUGGACGUGUUUGACGAAUUGGAAAUUUAAAAUCAAGAAAAUUAGCGCCUUAAACAGCGCGUAUGACCGCCAUCUUGUAAAAGUGUCUGUAGUGUUUGGAGGUUUAGCGAGAAGGAACAGCAGCUUCGCCGGAGGCUGGAAGUCCUUUUGAAGUGGUUGCAACGGUCCUUGGCAGUCCCUGGGCACCCAGGUGACCUCGUGCGAGGCCAGGGUACCUACAAGCUGCUAGGACAACCUCACGGCCAAAAAGCUCAUUUACACGCCCGACUCUCGCGAAGAUGGUGAGCAUUCUUACACGAAGAUUUUCAUCUAACCCUCUGACAAAUUCGUUUUUCGAAUCUCAUGUUAUUUAGAGUUCGGCAUCCACGGGUGGAACUGAGGGGUCUAGUCCAGCCUCUAGCCCUGCCUCAGCAACAAGUCUCACCAUGGCUGCUCCAAAAUAUGGUACUUUGGUUCCAAAUCGCAUCUUUGUAGGCGGCAUUUCAGCUAAUACCAGUGUAGAAGAACUUGCUCAACUUUUCUCCUCCUACGGCAAUGUAAAAGCUACAAAAAUAAUUGCUGAUCGUGCUGGUGUCUCCAAAGGUUAUGGAUUUGUUACAUUUGAAACUGAAGAAGAAGCUAAAAGACUUCAACAAGAGUCUGAAUGCAUUGUAUUAAGGGAAAGAAAAUUAAAUAUAGCACCUGCAAUUAAAAAACAACCUUUCAAUAGAUCUUUGGAUGGUGGUUCUGGAUCACCACCCUCUGUGCCUACUAGUACUUAUUAUUAUCCAAAUGGAAUGGGACUGACAUAUCAAAAUGGUAUGACGUUUUACAAUACAACAGCUCCAACACCAACAACACCGAUUGCUCCACCAACUGAUCCAGCAACUAUUUAUCAAGCUACCGGAGUGUUUGGGCCACAAGCUGCUGGUCAUCAAACUUUCGCGCCUGUGAUGUAUCCGUGUCCUGCUCCAUCUCUGUAUAUGCCACAACAAUAUCAAUAUUCACCUAUGCCGUACGAGUGUUAUGCAGGGGCAGUUGCCGCCGGAGCUCAUCAGUACUUGUAUCCUACAAAUAACUCACAAAACAAUACAAGUGGCGGUAACAGUAAUUCUGGAAGUGGUAAUAAUGGCACAGGAGCGACCAGUCCACCGACGGGUCCUCCACCACCACUUCCAUCUUUACCACCACCACCGCCGACACAUUUUUAUCCUCCUGCCGCUCCACCACCGCAUCAUCAUCCACCGGUGCCUGCAGGUCCUGCGCCUCCUCAGAUGGAUCAUAUUUACUAUCCUUUCGCAGCCGGGCCCCAUCCGCCUCCACCACCACAUGCAUCCAUGGGAUUAACUGAUCAACAACUACUACUUUUCCCGUCUGAUGCCACAUGUCAACAAACAUCUUCAUCUGAUGGCCAGGCUGCUCCUCAGGAGGAUUCUCGUUCGACAUCGAGCCACUCGGAGCAAGCACAUGGUGAAACACAGGCUGCUUCAGGGUCAGCCACACCCUUGGUGUCCUUAAUGCCCGUGAAAUUUCCCAUGUCCGGUCGUUACACCAAUUAUCAUCCGAUCGCGAUACAUACCGCCAACUUGUACAGUUCCCAAACGUGUUUAAACGAAACUGACGAUUGCAGUGGUAAUCAGAUGCAUUGUAGGGCGAUUGUUUAUCAUCCAGCAGCUGUUUACAUUCCUCAUACACAUACACCUCCAUUUCAUAAUGCAUCCGGUGGUACAAGUCUGUUGCCAACACCGCCAUCCGUAUCACAGCAAUUAUUUGAUUCGACCAACAAGAAUCAGUGCUUCAAUUCUAGAGAUUACACGAAAUCCGGCAGUGUAAACACCCUAAAUAAUUAUUCGAAAUCGCAAAAUCACGGGAUCGCGUUAUCGCAUCAAAAUCCGUUCGUUCGAGCUCAAAACUUGGGGAAUUCUCAGCCGUACAAACAUAAUAACUUAGACGGAGGUUAUAAAUAUACGACGCCGGCAAUGAGCUCGCGAUUCUCCAUGCAGUAUAACAAAAAGGCGGCUGGUUCGAACGUGGGCUCACCGGCUUGCUUCAUAGCACAAAAAUCAUCGGAGAAUUAUAAUUCAACUCAGAAGUCGGCUGUUUUCGGAUCGAAUUCAACCGGUGGACAGCCGUAUAAUUGCACGAAUUCACAGAAAAUGUUCAACCCGGCAACGAAUUUUGAUUACGCGAAUAAUCGUAAAAAUAACACUGGUGGGGAUCAGUAUUUCGAGAAUACGGCGAAAUCGAAUAAUUAUUCUACCCGUAAAAAUACGACGAGCUAUAGGAACAAUGGGGUGAUUGGCGGACAAACCGAGGGAAGUAACAAUUCAAAUAGUCAAUCGAAUGAUAAAUACGCGACUAAUAUCGAAAACGAGAAUAGUACUUCGCAGGGUAUACAAGGGACGGAGAAUAAUAGUUCGGAGAAGCCGGUGAGCCCACCACCAGCACCAUAUUCGCCCAUGACAAGACCCCUUCCAACUUUGUCACCACCCACCUCCCAGGUCCAGUUCUACAAUCCGGCGCAAAACCGUUAUCAGCCAUCCUUAGCCCCGUCUCAACAUCAGCAGCCACAGCAGACGAAUACUCAGCGUCGUUACACCAUCGCUCCUGCGUUGUCUGCAAGCAGAAAACCGACGGAGAAGUAUACUAAUUCCGGUUCCCAGCCAACCACCACGACAAUGUUACGACAAAGCAAGUACAAGGUGAACGGAAUUAUGCAGACGGGUAACAAAGUGACGGAUGAUAGUUUGGGAGGAGCUGGAGAUGCUCCACCUGGUGUUGGAAGAAUGCCUAUAACACCACCGGGAACACCAAGGACUCAUCCAGGUCAUCCUGCUGGCGAUCAGGGUCAGCUGAGCGAUACGUGCCAUCAGAUGCAAGCUCUGAGCCUUUGAACUCGUUUUCUCGAUAUAUACAUACAUAGAAACGUGUAUGUAUAAACAGGCUCGAUUCGUUUUUCCUCCCUUUCUUCUUCUUUCGGUCCUAACCGUACGUGUAAUAACGAUGCGUACGCGUUUAUAUAUAGGUUAGAAUAGAUAGAUAAAAAUAUAGAUUAGGUAGAUAGAUGAUGCAUCUCGAUUUCGAAGCCGUAUGAAAAAGCAAGCAAAAACAGAAUGGAAAGCAUGCCGAUUCACGGACGAUCCCUAUAUAUUUUGAAAACUGCAUAGAAACAUGAGCGCGAACGGAUACAAAUAUCUGAAACAUGUUUGCUCUAUUCUCUUGUGAUCUCAAUCCCAAAUCCCAAAUUAAAAAGAUACGAUAUAAAAAGAAAAAGAAACAGAAAUAAAAAAAAGAUGAAGAAAAAUAAUUAAAUAAACUUCAUAUGUAAGUGUAAAUUAAUGCUCUUCGGUAAAUUAUUAAACAUUACUAAAUUGUUAAGCAUUUAUAAAAAAUAUAUUAUAUAUAUUAUAUAUAUAUAUAUAUAUAUAAGAAUAAAAAUACGAUAAAAGAUUAUUAUAUUAGUUAUAAAAGAAAAACGAUAUACACGAUUAAUAUAUAUAUUACAUAUAUAUAUAUAUACAUAUACUGAAAUAUAUUGUAUAUAUAUAAAUAUGUAUAUAUAUGCAUGUAUUUAUCGAAGAGAACAGAUAUAAUUAGAAUAAUGAGUGAAAUAAGGAAAAAAAAUUCGAAGUCAAGCUACAAUAUUAUAUAUAUAUCUCUUUAACAAGAAUCGAAAUGUUUAACGAAAGAGAGACGAAGAAAAAAAAAUUCUAUCUUAAUAGAUAUACAGAUAUGCUACAUUAUUUAAAAUCUAUAUAUGUUAUAUAUGCAGUAUUUAAUGUUUAUGCGCGAUAGGCUCGAUAAACCAUUGAAUCUCACGAGCAAGGCUAGAGUAGGAUAGAUGGAUUACAAACAGAACAGAAGAAAAUAAACAAAAAAAGAAAAAUAUAUAUAUGGUAACAACAAAUAAUAUGUUAUUAUCGUACAAAGAAGAAGCGAUUUGUUAUGUGUUCAAAGAAAAAAAAAUGGUAGUGACGUUGAUGAUAAUGAAGCGGAAGGGUAAUAAGGUGGCGAAAAUAGAAUUGAUUUCAUAAAACGGUUGCUCAAGGCACUGCCACAUCUCUCAGUUUUGAUUUUCUACCUGAAACAAGGUAAAACCAAGUACUUAUAGUUUGAUUAGAGUAACCGUGAACACAUUCUCACGCAUUUCGAGACACUAUAGUAGGAAAAAUAUACUAAUUUAUUUGUUCUUUUUUUCUUUAUAAUAGUAAUUAUCCACGUAAACAGGAGAAAAAAAUAUUUAGAAAAAAAAAAAAAGAAAAAAACAGAAGAACGUAAAAUAGCUAUUACAAAAAUGAAAAAAUGAAAAAAAGAAAAAAAAGAGAUGCCCCAAAUACCCGAAAAUGAAUAAGAUAAAAAAUACAGUUUAAAAGAACAAAAAAAAGUAUGUAAUAAUGAAUUAAAUAAAUGUGUCGGCUGUGAGCUUCCAAGCAAAUAACAAUAAUUAAAUUAUUAUAAUAUAAAAGGUUAAAUAAUAUUCUACCUAAUUGUUAUAACGUAUAAAUUUCUUUUAUCUAUAACGAGAAAUUUGUUAUCUCAUAUCUCGCAUAUUGUAGCUAUUAUUGUCUAUUUAAAUGAGGAAAAUGGAAAAUGAUAACGAACUAAAGAUUUGUGGCGCUGUGAUUUAGAUGUCGCGGCGAAAUAUAUGUAUAGCGAUUGAGAAAAAAGUUUAUGGGGAAAAAAUAAAAAAAAGGGAAAAGAGGAAGAGAGUAAGAAACAAAUAUAUUUGAGGGAUCCGUAGACGAAACGAUAAAGGCCUAGAACGCAUAUAGAUUACCCGUGAGUCGUUACGAAAAGAAAUUAAUUUGUUGAUAAAAAAAAUGUAAGAGUGCCUUCUAUUUGUUUUCGUGAUUGUAUUGUUGAACAUUUGUUGCGUUAUGUUCCAAGAGCCUCUAAUGUUGUUAUAAGAAAAAAAAUGUUUGAUAAAUGUUGUUCCUCUAUUUAUUUAUUGAUUUACGGACCUGCAUGGCCCAAACCAGCACCCAACGAAUUUAAAAGUGUGAAAGUAUGUGCUGUUAGGAAAAUGGAAUUCAGAAAUGGAAACUAAACUUAAAAAGCGAAAUGAUUUUAUGGAAAUAAGAUAGAAAAGAAAAAAAGUUAGCGAAUACAUAAAAAACAGAAAACAUCGCAUACGGCAUUCGAGUCGCAUGACCCCCUUUUUUCUUAUUAUUAUCAUCAUUAUAAUUAUUAUUACUAUUAUUAUUAUUAUUAUUAUUAUUAUUAUUAUGGUUAUUAUUAUUAUUACUAUUAUUAUCAUUAUCAUUAUUAUUAUUAUGAUCAUAAAAGAAGAAAACGAUAUUAUACAUAUGUAAUCGAAAUGGAAAAAUGAUAAAAGCAAAAAAAAGGAACAGAGCAGCUCGUUUCGGCACUUAUUUCUAUGUAUAAUACACAACAAGAUAUCUCAGCAAUAUACAAAUAUAAAUAUAUACAUAUAGAUAUAUAUAUAUAAAUAUUAACGAACGAAGAUAAAUAAAACGUAUACCGGAGGUAUAUGGAAUGCGAAUGCGAUAGGUGCGUAUUUGGGUGUGCGUGAGCGCGUAUCUGGAUAGAGGUGGCUGUGAUUAUUGCGUGCAAGUUAGAAAUGUAAAACAGAAAACAUGAGAAAAGAAGACAGUUUACGUGUGUAAGCAUUCGUGUGUAAGUGCAUUAAAGUUGUCUCUCUCACACACAUAUACACACUACACACGCAUAUUUCAUACACGUAUACAUACCUAAUAAAUAAAUAAAUUAAUGAAUAUAUAUAAAUAUAUACGUCUAUAACGAGAGAUAAUAUGAAAGCAAAGUACAAUUCUAUGUUCAGUUUGGUACUGGUUUAACUAGCGAACGAAACGUAUAUUAAGAAACGAGUCGUUUAUUGCAAUUAUUAUACGUGUACUAAA